GUGAAGAAGAGGUUCGAGUAGCCUAUUAUAUUUGGGUGGAUGGCAAAAACAAGGAAGGCACAGAGAUUGACAGGAAAUUCAACGGUUGGGAAAAAGUUUCCAAGUCGGGGCUCGUUAAUUGCGUUUGGCGUGGUGCGAGGGAGCUAAGCUUGACCAACGUGUAUAUGAAAGCGUAUAUUGGGGUAGUGAAAAAGGUUGAAAAGUCACAGAUAAAGUUCACAUGAGGAAGCGUCACACAUGACCCAUCAGGAAGCACGCCCUUGUGCAUAUAAGGCCCGCUGGAAGUGAAAGAACAAAAUUAAAAAUUAGGUAGAUGAUGAUGAUGAUGAAUUUUGAAGAGUAAAAAAGGUGAAAGGGUAAAUUGUGGGAGUGGGAGUAGGAAUAUGUGAGUGGGAUUUUGAUGUUGUAUAAGAGUAAGAGUGGGAUUAUAGUUGAGGAAACAUGGGUUGGGACACGUCAUCAGUGGCAGCUGGAACAUGGAACUUAUGAUUUUUCUACUCCCGACAAGGACACAUUCACACACACUCGCAGGUCACCACCCUCCACUCACACUCCUUACCUCAAUACAAAAAACCCCACUCUCACGAGAAAAAUGUUUUUCACACCCUAACCCUUCCACAAACACUACUACCCCCGUGCACUAUAAAUACCCUUUACCCUAUACCCUUUCAUCUCGUUUUCUUCUCCGUUUUCUCCAACCUUCCACUCUCUCUUCGCUCCGGUUACCCUCUAAACACAUCUUUCCUCUCCCUUCCCGCCAAAGACCCUUCUUUUUCACUAUCUUCUUCACUCACUCACUCACUCACUCACGCUUACCCCGUGUGUGUUAGAUCCUUCCACCAAAAGCGGAGUGAGAUUUCAUUUGAAGCGUAUCCAAGGUUGGCCAUAUUCUCUUCUCUCUCUCUCUCUCUCUCUUGGAAUAUAUCUCCAGAAGAAAAGCAAAAGUUUGUUAGUUGUUACCCAUAAACAUCUCGGUUUCUUUCUGCAUCACCAACACCAAAAGUUCUCAAACGUCUCAAUUCCCCCAGCAUAUACAUCUACUUGUCCACUUUUCCCCCAUACCCUCUAAAUUCUUUCGCCCUUUAAACCCACCCUUCAUGCACUCCACCACCACACCACAACUUUCCCUCUUCCACCUCUUACUCUCACACUCUCUCAAAAAUAAACAACCUUAGACACAAAAACACACUCCUCACCCUUCAAUUCUUCACUUUCUUCCAUCUCUCCCUCAAUCCUCUAGACAUGUCCGUACACUCAACACUCAACCUCCACCCCAUCAACCCCGCCACUCCAAAUUCCAAUUUUGAUCAUAACCCACAGACAAAAACCAAGACCAAAACCCAAAGGAGGCUCCUUCGGAUCAUAAUCACCGACCACGACGCCACUGAUUCUGACUCCGACCACGAACAACCACAAAACAACCCAACAACCAGGAAACUCAAGAGAGAAAUUACCCAAAUCAGUAUGCACCUUCCUCUCCCGGAUAACUCCCUUUCUUCUUGUUCAUAUUCUUCUGGUUUAGCUUCUGCUUCCUCUUGUUCCUCCGAACAAGUCUCAAAGUGCAGAAGGCCCAAAAAACCUCCACCACCCUCCGAAGCGGCCCGACGCCGCACCAAGUUCCGCGGCGUCCGUCAGCGGCCGUGGGGGCGAUGGGCCGCCGAGAUCCGCGACCCGACCCGCCGGAAACGCCUCUGGCUCGGAACAUUCGACACGGCGGAGGAAGCCGCCACAGAGUACGACAAAGCCGCCGUCAAACUCAAGGGUCCCAACGCCGUCACCAAUUUCCCCCUCACAACGCCGCCCCCGGUGGCGGAGUCUCCUUUUGCCGCCAUCGACAGCCUCAGCACCGACGGCGGCGCGUCGUACUCCGACUUGGUGGCCUCGCCGACGUCCGUUUUGACCUACGACUGCGACUCGACGCCGUUCGACAGUUUCCAUUACGGUGACGUGGACGCGCUCGGGUUCCACAUCGACGCGCCGUUAAGACUGGCGGACGUUGGCGUCUCGCUUACGUGUCAUCCCUAUAAGGAGGAGCAAGAGGCGUUCGAUGAAUUCGAUCUCGACGAGUUCAUGAAGUGGCCUUACUAAAAAUCUCAAGGACAGUUUGGUAAUUGUGCCGUGUUUGUGCAUUGAUGCAGUGUGAAAGUUGAAAUUCCGAAUAUGCCCUUCUCGGUGUUGGAGUUUGAAAUUUUGUCGUACUCGUUGGAUCUUCGGAAGAGUGUAGAGUUGUAGUCCCAUUCUACUACCACCUGAAACGGCGAUUCUUUAUGUCGUAUUUGGCAGAAUUUAAUUUGUAAUUAUCAAGUUAAAAAAAAAAAAUUAAAGUGUCAAAAGCAAGCAGUGAUUGAGAAACAAAAGAUCAGCUAAGCAAGGAUUAUAUUGUAAUUGGUAUAUAAAUUUUGAUAAUUAUUUAAAGAGAUUUUGAUAUUAUCUAUAUACAAUGAUGGUUAGUGCAAAAGGGACACAUUGAUAAAAUUUGGCUGCUGAAUCCAAGCCAUCAAUGUUCAUAUUUGA